CGUCACGUUUAGAUGACAAAGAAUUUCUAACCAAAAAAUUAACCUCUUACUUUAAAAUAUCUAAGAAUUGUAAUAAACAAUGAUAAUUAUAACUCGUGUUUACUAAAAAAUUACCAGCACCAGCAUCUCCAGGUCGACAUGAACAAUUCCAUCAACAAGGAUGAUCAGAGCCAGGACGAGCAAGAUGGUGACCUCGACGAAGUCGAGCCGCGACUCAAGUACGUGAGGAUGCAGAAUGACAUAAAACACAUUCUGCAGAAUGACGCGGCUUCUUGCAUCGCAGUCCACCCUAAGUUUCUUUGCCUGGGGUCACAUAUGGGAAAAAUCCACUUGCUGGAUCACCAAGGGAACAAUAUUCAGUCUAAGACUUUGCAAGCGCACACGCUGACAGUAAAUCAGAUUUCGAUUGACCAGAAUGGGGACUACAUUGCGUCGUGCUGUGACAAGGGUAAAAUAUUUAUAUACGGUCUCUACACGCGGGAAAAUAACCACAUAAUGAACUUGGAACGUCAGAUAAAGAGUAUCGCGAUAGACCCGGCUUAUUCUAAGUCAGGAACCUCGAAAGGUUUCAUUACGGGGGACGACAAGCUGAUGCUUUAUGAGAAAACUUUUCUGUCGAGGCUGAAGCUGACGGUACUCAGCGAAGCCGAAGGGGGCGUGAGAUCGGUAGCCUGGGCCGGACAAUUCGUAGCUUGGGCCUCAGAUACCGGGGUCAGGCUGUACGAUUUAAAUGCGCGAUGUUCUUUGGGUCUGAUGAAGUGGCCUCGUAGCGCCGAAGCUUCGCCCGAAAACUACCGGUGCAAUUUAAGGUGGAAUGGAGACCGGACUCUGCUGAUCGGUUGGGUCGACACGGUAAGGAUUUGCCAAAUUCGGAAACGAUCGCAGCAGGAAAUGGUCAAUCGCAACCUGCCAGAGUUUGCCGUCGACCCGGUAUCGACAUUCCAGGUUGACUUUUACAUAUCCGGAAUAGCUCCGCUAGAGAAUCAGUUGGUUUUGCUCGGAUGUCUAAAGGAAUUGAGCGAAAAAGGCACCAGCCAAAGGCCUACUUUGCAUGUCGUCGAACCCAAAUACCAAGAUUUUGUUGAUGUAUCUGCAAACUUCCUUGGACUUCGUGGCUACGAAGCCUACAAUUGCAAUGACUAUCAUCUAGACUGUCUUCCAGAUGAAAACCGUUUCUUUAUAGUCAGUCCCAAAGAUAUUGUCGUUGCCAGUUUGUACGACGCUGAUGACAGAAUCGAGUGGUUACUGAGUCACAAAAAAUUUGAACAAGCUCUUGAAGCUGUUACUGUAAAUAACGGACGUGAUUGCAAACGUCACACGCUGAUUUACGUCGGCCGCGUUUAUUUGGAUCAUUUAUUAGCAUGCGGGAAGUACGACGAGGCGGGAAAAUUGUGUCUGAAAGUACUGGGCCGCGAUAAAAAAUUGUGGGAAGAAGAGGUAUACAAAUUUGCCCGCGUUCAUCAGCUGAGGUCGAUUUCUUCUUACUUGCCGCGUGGUGACGUGACACUCGAUCCCCUAAUUUACGAAAUGGUUCUCUACGAGUACUUGAAAAUGGACCCCGAUGGUUUCUUACAACUGGUAAAAGAAUGGCCAGCGAAAUUGUACACAGUCGCGGCGGUUGUCAACGGAGUCCUUGAGCAUCUUCUUGUUCACAACACGCGUCAGAAUGUUUUGCUUGAAGCACUGGCUAUUCUUUACAGCCACGAUGGCAAAUAUGACAAAGCGCUCGCAAUGUAUUUGAAAUUAAGGCACAAAGAUGUCUUUCAGUUGAUACAGAAGCAUCAGCUCUACAACGCCGUCUAUGACAUGAUCGAGGGUCUCAUGGACCUGGACUCCGAUCGGGCGAUUCAGUUCUUCCUUGACAAAGAUCGUGUCCCUUCGGAAGUCGUUGUUGCUAAGCUACAAAACAAUCCGCGGUAUUUGUACCUGUACUUGGACGCUUUGGACAAAAGAGACACCAAGGAGUCGAAGGGAAAAUAUCAUGGGUUGUUGAUCAGAUUGUACGCUGACUACUCGAGGGACAAACUGCUUCCUCUGUUGAGGCGAUCGGACAACUAUCCGAUACAAUCGGCACUGGACAUUUGUAGCCAGCGGCAAUUUUAUCCAGAAAUGGUUUAUUUGUUAGGACGAAUUGGGAACACGUCGGAAGCCUUGGGUCUGAUGACCCGCGAGCUAAAUGACAUGGAAUCGGCAAUAGCUUUUUGCCAGGAGCAUGACGAUGAAGAAUUGUGGAACGAUUUGAUAAAUUAUUCGCUGAGCAACCCGGAAAAUAUAACAUUUUUACUGCAGAAAAUCGGAACUUAUGUCGAUCCCCGGCUGAUGGUACAGCGAAUCGCCCCCCAGAUGGAGAUUCCGGGAUUGAAAAAGGCUUUGGUCAAGAUGAUGUGCGAUUACAACUUGCAAGUCUCUGUGCAGGAAGGCUGCAAGAAAAUAUUGUCGAAUGAUUACUUCAAUUUGCAUGAGCGAUUGGUGAAGGCGCAUCAGAAAGGACUGUUUGUUGAUGAUGAUCAGAUGUGCGGCGCAUGCCACAGAAAAGUUAUCGUAAGGGAUCCAAGAAAUCUAGUCGUUUUUUAUUGCAAACAUUUGUUUCACGAAGAUUGUUUGCCGGAUUUUGAACAGAUCGAAAGUUGUGUGAUUUGUAAUCCGCAGAAAGAUAAAAUAAUUAUUUAAUUACUAGUUUUUAGACAGAAAAAAAGUUAUUUUGAGUCAAAAAAAUAUUUUUGAAGACAAACGUUAUCGGGAACCAAGUCAAGAUUUCCAUAGUUAAAAAAAUUAUAUGUAAUUAUUAGACUGGGUCAAAAUAAACGAAUAUUUUUUUUUUUUUUCGAUACUGUGAAAAUAUUAUUCCUGAUGACCAAAAAAAAUUAUUGUGCAAGUUUGAGCCCUUAAUAUUGAUAUUAAGAGGUGUAUCGUUAGUUUUUUGACAGAAAUUUCAUUUUUUACCCAAAACUCGUAAAUCAUCUAUCUGAAAAAUUUGAGCACUGUAUAUUCUUAAAGGAAAUUGAAUUUCCUACAAAAAGUCUCUCUUAGUAAAUUGACGUAGAACGAGCCGUUUCCUUGUAACCGUGCCUUAAACAUUGAUUUGUUUUUUAAAUUCUCUGUUUCUAUUUUGGAUUUUUGUAACUACUAGAAAUAUUAAAAUUUUUUUUAGUCAAGAUACAUAUUCUUGAAGGAAAUUUGAUGCUCUACAAAAAAGGUCUCUUAACAUUUUUUGCUAAAUUUACUCCUUCGAAAGUUAUUCAAGGUUGAAGUUGAGUCAAAACGACUUAAAUAACCUGAAUAACUUUCGAAGGAGUGAAUUUAGCAAAAAAUGUUAAGAGACCUUUUUUGUAGAGCAUUAAAUUUCAUUUAAAAAUAUGUAUCUUGACUAAAAAAAAUUUUAAUAUUUCUAGUAGUUACAAAAAUCAAAAAUAGAAACAAACAAUUUAAAAUACAAAUCAAUUUUUAAGGCACGGUUACAAGGAAACGGCUCGUUCUACGUCAAUUUACUAAGAGAUAUUUUUUGUAGGGAAUUCAAUUUCCCUUAAGAAUAUACAUUGCUCAAAUUUUUCAGAUAGAUGAUUUACGAGUUUUGGGUAAAAAAUGAAGAUUCUGUCAAGAAACUAACAGUCGCAACGAUACACCUCUCUUAAUUUCAAUAUUAAGGGCUCAAACUUGCGCAAUAAUUUUUUUGGUCAUCAGGAAUAAUAUUUUCACAGUAUCGAAAAAAGAAACGUCGAUUUUUUUGGCCCAAUCUAGUAAUUAUAUAUAAUUACAUGUGAAAAAUAGCUCAAUAAAAUUGCAUAUAAUUAUAUGUAGCUAAAUAUAAUUAUAUAUAGUUACUUAUAUUUACUUUUCCCGAGUAAAAAAAUUGUAUGUACUUAUAUAUAAUUAUAUGUGAAAAAUGGGCCAAAAUAAUUACACUUCAUUAUAUACAAAUAUAUAUAAUUUUUAUAUACAAAUAUAUAUAAUUUAUGUAUUAUAAGUACAUAAAAAGUUAUAUAUAAUUUUAUAUAAUCACAUUGGACCAUUUUCUGUAUAUAACUAGAUAUAAAUUGUAUAUGAUUAUAUAUGAUCAUAUGUAAUUAUAUAUAAUUUUUUUACCCGGGAUUACUUGAGCCAAGAAAAUUUGUUUUGGUCAGAGGAGAUUUCUAUUCUAUCCGAGAAAAUUGAGGUUUUCAAAAAUAUUUUCUUGAAUCAAAAAUAUUUAGCUUCAGUCGAGAAUUUUUCUUUCCCGUGUAACUUUUUUUUUUAAUUUUUACUAUGCCGCGAAUUUAAAAAUAUUUUUUACGGCCCGAUAGUAGAAAUUGAAUUAUUUAUUUUUGGUUAUUUAGAAAUAAUUUGAUAAAAAUGUAAUUGUACAUGGACUUUAAUUAAUUAUACGGUAAAAUUAUCGGUGGUAAUAAUAAUUGAAAAAAAGAAUUUGAGUUCACUCAACUUAUUGCUCAAUAUAACACGCGGUCACGCUUGAAAUGAUAUCUAUUUAAAUUUAAAUAAUUAAGCAAUAAAUCAACUUUUUUUAUUGUAAUUAAAAAUUACGCCGAUUUUUUUACGUGGCAAUUUUUUUUUUGAAUUUGAAUUUGAAAAAAAUUACGCGGGCGUUUUUUGAAUUAUGAAAUUUUGGAUUGUAUAUAUAAUGUGUACAAUAAAUAAAUAUAAGGCUUUAAUUAUAUUAAUUAAUGUAUGAUAAAUAUCAGUAAUUAUUAACUUAUUUUCUACUGAAUAAAUUAUUUUUUUAUGCUUACAUUUAAUUGCGUUUUUGUGAAUUGUUUUAUGUAUUAUUGUAAUGCGUGUAUUAGACUGUGUCAAAAACUCGCCUUUUUUUUCAUGAACGGUUUCAAAAUUUGAAUGAAGGAUACCAAAGGUCCUGUUAAAAUUUGAGUCCUUAAUAUUAAGAGGUCACUAAUCGUAAUUUUUUUUUCCCAUUUAAAUAAAAAGGAAAAUUUUGUUUUUUAAUUUUUAAUUUUAUUGCUCGUUAGCGAAUCAUUGGAUCGAAAAGCUCGAUACUUAUUUUUGUUGGAAAUUGAACGCUCUACAAGAAAGGUCUCUUAGAAUUUUUUCAUAAAUUUACUUUUUCAAAAGUUAUUCGAGGUCAAAGGAGAAUUUAUAGUAAAUUCUGGUAUUAUGUGACAUUUCCGGCGAAAAUAUUGGACUUAUCGCAAAAUUUUAUAAGACCUUUUUUGUAGAUCAUUUUAUUUCCUACAAAUUAUCUCUUAUAAAAUUUCUGAAAUUUUUGAAAGUUCUUUAGUUAUUUUCAUUUAAAAGUCAAUCAAAAUCGGCCAGAAUACGAUUUCUUGGACCACAUUGACACUUAAUGAAAAUAUCUAAUGAGUUUUCAAGAAUUUUGAAAAAUUCGUAAGAGAUAAGUUGUAGGAAAUAAAAUGAUCUACAAAAAAUGUCCUAUAACAUUUUGUGAUAAGUCUGAUAGUUUCACCGGAAAUGACACAUAGUUCUAAAAUUUACUAUGAAUUUCCCUUUGACUUCGAAUAAUUUUUGAAAAAGUAAAUUUAUCAAAAGAUUAAGGGCUCAAAUUUGAACAGGACCUUUGUUACCCUCCACAAAAAUUUGAGGACCACCCACAAAAAAAUAGACGGUUUUUUUCAGCACAAUCUAAUACACAUUCAAAAAUUGUAAAAAAAAGUAAUAAGUAAAAAAAAUUUUUUUUUACACUUAAACUAAAAAUAUAUUUAAUUACCAUGAUUAUAAAUAUAUAAAUAAAAUAGUGUAAAUAUUUGUAGUCUUAGAAAAUUUAUAUGAAAUAUAUAUUUCACAAACAUAUAUA